ACUGCUCUGGUUCUGUUAAGAUCCAAGGAGGACUACAGAUCAAAUAACAAAGAACAACAAGCAGCUGCCUAAAAGAAACCAUUCAUUUAGUAAACCACGUGGCUGGAUGCUACAAUGCACAUCCUCUCCCUGCCCACCGCGGACGACGAGUGCGUGCAUUCCCGCGUUUAAUGAAUCCUCAGUGCUUCUCCCUAACCGGAAUACAGUGUUUUUAUUGGAUGCACGAGAGCACAGACCAGUCCUCUGUGAUCCAUCACUGUUGUUUGCAGCUUCUGGGUAAAAUAAAUGGAGAAAUGUUUUGAAGGUGGACUGUUUUUUCUCUCAUGGUGGAGCUGAACUUGAAAUAGAAAAGGAAGGAUCCAAGAAACACAGUUUCAGCUUGCUCCAACUGCCCUCAUCGGCAUCAUAAUCUUCCCAUUAUUUCGACAAAGGGCUGCACCACUAGGAUUAAACGUGUACCAAGUGGAGAUUUCGUCUACUACUACAGAACUAUGGUUGGAUCUUAUGAUUUCCUAUUGAGGCCUUAGCAAGUCGGCUCUGGCUGGUUCAUGGACUCUUGAAGGGGAGACGGCACACGAGGGAGGGGAUAAUGCAUACCCCUCCUGUGCUGAUCUCAGAAGCCGCCAUGAGCAACGUGACUGUCCUCGACACCUCGGAUCCCUCUAACCUCGAUAUGACCCAGUCUGCCGCCCCCUACCCCGUCAGCUUCCAAGUGUCACUGACAGGGUUCCUGCUGCUGGAGAUUGUGCUGGGCCUAAGCAGUAACCUGACAGUGCUGGUCCUCUACUGCAUGAAGCAGAAUCUCAUCACCUCCGUGUCCAACAUCGUCACCAUGAAUCUGCAUGUCCUAGACGUACUAGUGUGUGUGUCUUGCAUCCCUCUGACUGCUGUGGUAAUACUCCUCCCCCUAGAGGCUGAUACAGCGCUGGUCUGCUGCUUCCACGAGGCCUGUGUCUCCUUCGCUAGCGUAGCCACUGCCUCGAACGUGCUAGCCAUCACUGUCGACCGCUACGACAUCUCAGUGCGUCCAGCCAACCGCAUGCUAACCAUGAGCCGCGGCGUGGCUCUGCUGGGCUUAAUUUGGGCUAUGUCCUUCUUCAGUUUCCUGGUCCCCUUCAUGGAGGUGGGCUUCUUCAGCGAUUUUGGCUCAGAGUUCGUCAACCAGACUGCAGUUGCCUCUGUGGUCCAUACUAAUGAGUACUACACAGAGCUGGGGCUGUACUAUCACCUCUUGGCUCAGAUACCCAUCUUCUUCUUCACGGCCGUAGUCAUGCUGGUGACCUACUACAAGAUACUCCAGGCACUGAACAUCCGCAUCGGGACGCGCUUCCAACACAACCAGCCCAAGAAGAAGCCCCGCAAGAAGAAGACCAUCUCCUUGACCACCGCAACGCAGGUGGAAUCUACAGAUGCGUCCCAGGGCAGCGGGGCAGUCCGAGGGGGCGGAAACCCACCUGCGGUCCUGUCCAUGCGGACCUCCGUCUCCGUCCUCAUGGCUCUGCGCAGGGCCGUUAAACGCCACCGGGAACGGCGGGAGAGGCAGAAACGCGUCUUCAGGAUGUCCCUACUCAUCAUCUCCACCUUCCUGCUCUGCUGGACGCCCAUCACAGUCCUCAACACGGUCAUCCUCAGCGCAGGGCCCUCAGACUUCACGGUCAAGUUGCGGUUGGGUUUCCUGGUCAUGGCCUAUGGGACGACCAUCUUCCACCCGCUGCUCUACGCCUUCACCAGGCAGAAGUUCCAAAAGGUGUUGAAGAGCAAGAUGAAGAGGGUGGUGUCCGUGGUGGAGGCUGAGCCCACGCCCAACAACGUGGUCAUUCACAACUCCUGGAUCGACGCCAAGAGGAACAACAAGAAAGUCACCUUCGAGGAGACUGAGGUCAGGCAGAAGUGUCUAUCUUCCCAGGAUCCGGAUUCAAACAACAUCGUCUGUCAUCCAUGAUAAGGCUAUAGUGCAUCGUGAAGAUUGGCGCGGCUUGGGGGAAGUUGUUAAGUCGAAAGACAUACCUCCCAACAGAGGUGGCAGAGUGGGAUAACUUGGAAUAAGCUAUGUCCAUCUUCAGAGAAAGUGGAAUAAAGAGAUCAUUUCUGAGAAGCCAUUGAAUAUCUGCAUGUCUAGAGGGAGUUGGUAGACAUGAGUGUGAGCCAUGGUCAAGAUAGAAAAGCUUCGGUUCAGAAGAUGCAGAAUAAGACAAAGUGGAUUAUGAGGACGUGAAAUAAGAAUAAAAUGGAAUAAGCAAUGGACACAUACAGGGUGACAUAACAUUAUCAGAAACCAACUCAUUUAAAAAAGGGAAACCACUUAUCCAAAGCAGUAAUGUAAAUGAAAGUGUUUUACCUGUAUAGUUACCCUAAAGGGGAUAAUGUAUUACUAUUUAUUGUAAGAGGUUGAUGCGGUGUCAAGGACAAUUUAAACGAAGUACUGUACCUACUGCAUGGUGUUGUUAUAGCCCGUAACAUAAUUAUUGUGUAAAGUCAUGUACAGUGUAUAGAAUAAAUAUAUGUUUACAACACAAAGGAAAGAUUCACCCAUUUUGAAUGUUAUAUCGUAUUGUGCAUCUCUGAGCUAUGAGCAAUGAUGCAAAAUGCGUCAUACCGGCUGUAUUUCUGCCUGCUCGAAUUGUCUUUUAGCUCAGACACACAUGAAAACAAAUGACCCCUGGAAUCGAUAGAACAUAGCUCAGAGAUAGACAAAUACGAUAUAACAUUUAAAAUAGGUGACUUUUUCCU